GCCGCUCCGACGCCAGCUUGCGCCCGCGUGCCGCUCGCUCAGCCCCGGGGGAGCCCCAGCAAGUUUCCCGGGCCGCGCGCCCCCCACCCCCGCUCGCCUCGCCGUCGCCGCCGCCGCCGCCGCCAUGCCCUCGGCCAAACAAAGGGGCUCCAAGGGCGGCCACGGCGCCGGGAGCCCCUCGGAGAAGGGCGCCCACCCGUCGGGCGGCGCGGAUGACGUGGCGAAGAAGCCGCCACCGGCUCCGCAGCAGCAGCAACAGCAGCCGCCGCCGCCGCCGCCCGCGCCGCACCCGCCGCAGAACCAGGCGCACGGCAAGGGCGGCCACCGCGGCGGCGGCAGGUCUUCGGCCACCGCCGCCGGCGCCUCGUCCCCGGCGUCCUGCUCCCGCAGGCUCGGCCGGGUGCUCAACUUUCUCUUCUACCUCGCCCUGGUGGCGGCGGCCGCCUUCUCGGGCUGGUGUGUCCACCACGUCCUGGAGGAGGUCCAGCAGGUCCGGCGUAGCCACCAGGACUUCUCCCGGCAAAGGGAGGAGCUGGGCCAGGGCUUGCAGGGCGUCGAGCAGAAGGUGCACUCUCUGCAAGCCACAUUUGGGACCUUUGAGUCCAUCUUGAGAAGCUCCCAGCAUAAGCAGGACCUCACAGAGAAAGUUGUGAAGCAAGGAGAGAGUGAGAUCAACCGGAUCAGUGAGGUUCUGCAAAAGCUGCAGAAUGAGAUUCUCAAAGACCUCUCAGAUGGGAUCCACGUGGUAAAGGACGCCCGGGAACGGGACUUCACAUCCCUGGAGAACACUGUGGAGGAGCGGCUGACAGAGCUCACCAAGUCCAUCAAUGACAACAUCGCCAUCUUCACUGAAGUCCAGAAGAGGAGCCAGAAGGAAAUUAAUGAUGUAAAGGCCAAGGUCGCCUCCCUGGAAGAAUCCAUGGAGUACAAGCAGGACUUGAAAGCCCUAAAGGCAGAGGUAGAGGAGAUCCAGACCUCUACAAAGUCCAGGGAGAAGGACAUUGAGACUCUCAAAAGCUCCCUGCAGACCAUGGAGUCUGACGUCUACACAGAGGUCCGGGAGCUAGUGAGCCUCAAGCAGGAGCAGCAGGCAUUCAAGGAAGCUGCGGACACGGAGCGCCUUGCCCUGCAGGCGCUCACCGAGAAGCUACUCCAGUCUGAAGAGUCCACCUCCCGUCUUCCUGAGGAGAUCAGGAGGCUGGAGGAAGAGCUACGCCAGCUGAAGGCUGAGGCCCACAGGCCAGAGGAAGAUGGCGGCUUCAAAAACUCGGAUGCCUUAGAUGUGCUCCAGAAAAAGAGUCAGGGACUGGACUCCAGGCUGCAGAAUGUAGAGGAUGGAGUCCAUUCUGUGCAGGUGACUUCUGCGCGCAACACGGAGAGCCUGGAAUCACUCCUGUCAAAGAGCCAGGAGUACGAACAGCGCCUGGCCAUGCUUCAGAGUCGUCUGGAAGGCCUGGGGUCCUCAUCCGAGGCAGACAAGGAUGGCCUGGCUUACACGGUAAGGAGCUUGGGGGAGGCCCAGCUGGCACUCUACAGUGAUGUGGAGGACCUGAAGAGAAGUGUGGGCGAGCUCCCCAGCACUGUGGAGUCGCUGCAAAAGGUGCAAGAGCAGGUGCACACACUGCUCAGUCAGGACCAAGGCCAGGCCUCCCGUCUGCCUCCUCAGGACAUCCUGGACAGACUUUCUGCUCUAGACAACCUGAAAUCCUCAGUGAGCCAAGUGGAAUCGGACUUGAAAAUGCUCAGGACUGCAGUGGACAGUUUGGUUGCUUAUUCGGUCAAAAUAGAAACCAACGAGAACAACCUGGAAUCAGCUAAGGGCUUACUAGAUGACCUGAGAAACGAUCUUGACAGGUUGUUUGUGAAAGUUGAAAAGAUUCAUGAAAAGAUCUAGAUGAGUUGUGUGCUGGGUGCCGAUUUGUAGUCCAAUUUUUCAUGACCAAAAAAUGUAUUGUUUCCUCCCAUGUGCCCUGCCCCAGUUUCUUGUCUCCCCUUGAAGAAUGAUAGACACUAUUUGAACACCAGGCAUUGUGUUCUGGGCCCAGUUAACUUAUUUGCAGUUGUUACCACAUACAUUGGUUUCUUAAGCCCACUGCUUCUGUUUUUGUUUGGUUGGUUUCCUGAAGGGCAAGCCCCUGUGUGUAAGAGGUGGCUUUUAGAAGGGAUGUGUCUCUUGUCAGAAAAAUGACAGUGGCUUCAACUGAGGGUUAACAGAAGCAGAUUAAUUCUAACCUCAAAAAAAAAAAAAAAAA